GGAUGGCUUAAAGAUCAUCCACCCAUUACCUCAUUCUUGGGAAAAGAAGGAAAAUGGGAACCAUUACUCAAGGGCCAAAAAUGGCUGGUCUUUUGGCUACUCUCCUAGUAGCAAUAGUGGCUCUCUCCUUUCCAUCUAACACCUUAGCCAAUUAUCCUUACUAUUCUCCACCACCACCUCCUCCCUAUUACUAUAAAUCGCCACCGCCACCUUCACCGGUUUACAAGUCUCCGCCGCCACCAUCACCUCCGGUGUACAAGUCUCCACCCCCACCACCUCCGGUGUACAAGUCUCCACCGCCGCCUCCACCUAAAACUCCUCACCACCCUCCAUAUCAUUACAAAUCUCCACCACCACCUCCACCUAAGAAGCAUAUCCACCCUCCAUAUCACUACAAAUCCCCACCACCACCUCCUCCGGUCUACAAGUCUCCUCCACCACCGUACCAUUACAAAUCACCACCUCCACCACCUAAGGUAGAACACAAACCACCACCAUAUCACUACAAAUCACCACCUCCACCACCCAAGGUAGAACACAAACCACCACCUUACCAUUACAAAUCACCACCUCCACCACCCAAGGUAGAACACAAACCACCACCAUACCAUUACAAAUCACCACCUCCACCACCCAAGGUAGAACACAAACCACCACCAUACCAUUACAAAUCACCACCUCCACCACCCAAGGUAGAACACAAACCACCACCUCCACCACCCAAGGUAGAACACAAAUCACCACCAUACCAUUACAAAUCACCACCUCCACCACCUAAGGUAGAACACAAACCCCCACCAUACCAUUACAAAUCACCACCUCCACCACCUAAGGUAGAACACAAACCCCCACCAUAUCACUACAAAUCACCUCCACCUCCUCCUCCGGUCUACAAGUCUCCUCCACCACCAUACCAUUACAAAUCCCCACCUCCACCACCCAAGGUAGAACACAAACCACCACCAUACCAUUACAAAUCACCACCUCCACCACCCAAGGUAGAACACAAACCACCACCAUAUCACUACAAAUCACCUCCACCUCCUCCUCCAGUCUACAAAUCUCCUCCACCACCAUACCAUUACAAAUCACCACCUCCACCACCAAAGGUAGAGCACAAAUCACCACCAUACCAUUACAAAUCACCACCUCCACCACCCAAGGUAGAACACAAACCACCACCAUAUCACUACAAAUCACCUCCACCUCCUCCUCCGGUCUACAAGUCUCCCCCACCACUAUACCAUUACAAAUCACCACCUCCACCACCCAAGGUUGAACACAAACCACCACCAUACCAUUACAAAUCACCACCUCCACCACCCAAAGUAGAACACAAACCACCACCAUACCAUUACAAAUCACCACCACCACCUCCUAAGGUACCACACAAAUCACCACCAUACCACUACAAGUCCCCUCCCCCUCCUCCUCCAGUUUACAAAUCUCCUCCACCACCUCCACCAAAGGUACCACACAAGCCACCACCAUACCAUUACAAAUCACCACCACCACCCCCUCCAGUUUACAAGUCUCCGCCGCCACCGCCACCUAAGAGGCAUUACAACCCACCUCCGACGCCCAAGAAGUCACCACCUCCAUACUUUUACAAGUCACCACCUCCUCCUCCACCUCACCCGUACUUGUACACUUCACCUCCUCCACCCUACCACUAUUAAUCAUUUGGAAAACAUCCAUCCUUCAAUGCCUUUAAGGAAGGUAAAGAAUGGUGAAAUAAAGGAAGAUAGCAGUACUAUAAUGGGAAAAGCAUGAGUGAAUAAGAAAUGGAAGACUAGAAAAAAGAAGAAGAAGAUCUAGAAGAGAAGAAAAAAUGUAGUUUUUCUUUAAUUAAUAUGUAAUUGAUUGAUAUAUAGUUGUUGUACUGUCCCAUGCAUGCCUUUGUCUGCAUGCAAGACGGAUCCAUCUCUCUAUAUAUAAUAUUUUUCUGUCAAAAACAGGUAUCGACAUUUGUAAAAGUG